UGGUACCAUCCACCCCGGGGAAACUAUGUGCAAUUAUCUCUGUCGUUGAUUCGUGUUUAGUGAUAUCGACGCAGGAACUGCGGAUAAUAAUAGUGUGAAAAGUAUUUGCUGAGGAAAAAUGGCCACUGAUAACGAAAAAAGAAAGCUUGUAGAUCUGCGUGUAGUAGAUUUACGUUGUGAACUGGAAAAACGUGGGUUGGACAAGACCGGCGUGAAGUCGGUACUGAUUCAGAGAUUGCAGAAGGUCCUAAAAGAGGAAGGACAUGAUCCAGAGGAAUAUACCUUUGAGUCAGAAAAGAAGACGCCUAAGAAGACUUCUAAACGUGGUGAACAAGAUGCUGAAUCUCAGGAUGGAAACAGUGCUGAUUUGGAUGAUGAUGUAAAAGAUAAAGAUGAAGAGGACGAUGAUGAAGAAGAUGGAGAUGCAGAUGCUCAAGAAACAGAAAGUGCAGAGAAGGAAGUUACAAACACAUCAUCAAAAGGAGAGCCAUCUGUGACUGAUAAUGCAGAAAGUGCAGGAGAGGGAAAUGGCAAAGAGACAGAAUUAGAAGAAAAACCCAAUGGAAAAGCGAAUGGUGAGACUGCGGAAGGAGAAGUCACCGUACAUUCUGGAGGAGGAGCGAGAGGAGGAGGGGGAGAAGAAGACAAAACAAAACCAUGUAAAUUGGCAGAAAAGGAACCUGAGGUGAAUGUUUCGCAGCAUUCUGAACAUGAAAAGCAGGUGCCUGAAGCUAACUCGGCUGAUAAUGAAGAUUCAAUAAAUUUAACAAUAGGAGAAGAUGAAGAGAAGCUUUUGGCUGAAGAGGAGGACAGCACCCAUGAAAAGGAUUCAAAAGAGGCUACCACAGCCUACAAUCGUGAAAAUUCUUCUGCAGUAGAAGAGAGGAAAUUGGAAUCCCAUAAUGAAGAGUCUAAAAAGCCCGUUACAGCUGAGGAAAAGAAGAAAUCUGAUGUUGAACAAAAGAAAGAGAAAGCAGAGAAACUUAAAAGCAGUGCCACCACCGGGAGUGAUCAGAAGCAAACUAAAGAUGACAAAGAAAGGAAAAAGGGGACUCCUGGUACUAGCACUACCAGAAAUUUAUGGGUUAGUGGUUUAUCAUCGUCAACAAGGGCAACAGACUUGAAGCAUGUAUUUGCUAAGUAUGGAAAAGUGGUAGGUGCAAAGGUUGUAACAAAUGCUAAGACACCUGGAGCUCGAUGCUAUGGCUAUGUUACAAUGGCAACCAGCGACGAUGCUACAAAAUGUAUUCAGCAUUUGCACAGAACUGAGUUACAUGGGAGAAUGAUAUCAAUUGAACGGGCAAAUGCAGAUGCUGGAGGCCCCCCUAAGAAAACUGAUGCAAAAGUCCCUGUAACACCUAAAAAGUUGGAUGAGAAAAAGAAGCAAGAAAGGAAAGAGGGAGAUAAGAAGUUGGCAGAUACUUUAAGCAAAGUUGUGCCUGUCAGCGGCCCAGUAUCUCCUCUGUAUGAUACUAAAAAAGAAGCAGAGGAUGGCCAAGAGAAGAAAGCGGAGGAAGGUGCCGACGACGAAGAGAACGAGAAUGUUGUGAAGGCAGCAGACAGCAGUGAGCGGAAUGGGCGACCCGAGAAGCUGCGCAGCCGUCAGGUGUCGCGGGAACGGCGCGGCUUAUCAGGAGGACGCAGCGAGUUUCCAAAGCAGUGGCGGGAGCGACAUCGCAGUGCUGGUAGCAGCCAUCACUCGACCCAUCUGUCCAGUCGCGGUCGUCUGCACAGUCGCAGCCCUCUGCACAGUCGCAGCCCUCGUCAUCGUUCGUAUCGGCGUGCGUCACCAGUCCACAAGCCUGGAGUUCUCACCUUCACUCAGAUCCGGGAGGAACGUGAGAGACAGAGGUUACGGGAACGGGAACGAGAACUGCGAGAGGAAGAACGUCGCCGAACUGAAGAAGCUGCACGGCAGCGUGAAAUAGAGAGGCAACAACGGGAGUUGGCAAUAAAGCUUGAAAGGGAGAAGGAGAAGUUGCGUUUGGAAUGGGAGCGCGUGGAACGGGAACGUGCUGAAGUACUGCGCUUAGAACGAGAACGUCAGCGUCGUGAACGUGAGAAUUUGGAAAGAGAACGGGAGGAGUUACUAAGACAGCAAAUAAGAUUGGAAGAAGCAAGACGCAAUGCUAAACGUCCAGCAGAUGAUCGGAGGGAUGCAUAUCCAGAUGAAAGAAAGAGAGUUGCUACUGAACGUCACUUUGACACUCCAUCUGGACGCUAUGAAGAUACUUCAAGGUUUGAAAGACCUGCAAACUACAGAAUACGUGAGGAUCGCCGCCCAGAAUCAGAUCGGCCAAAAGCAGAUGUGCGCCAUAAUGUGCGUGAACGUUAUUCUGAAUCAGGGAAACAUACGAGAUAUGCAGAUCGCUCAGGCGAUAUGUGGCAUUCUGGUACCAGUACACCUACUGUAAAGCAGUUACUUCCAAUGGAUGGAGGAAGUGGCAUGCAUGGGCGGGACACAUGGCAAGGAUCUGGUGAUAGAAAGGGAGAUGCUGGACCAUCAUGGCGUACUGUGGAUAUGCCUAGAUCAGAGAGGUGGGUGAGUGGCAGCAGUGGCACUACAGGUGUCGUAGCACGAGGCUCAAGUCUAAGUGUACCAGCAUCAUUAUAUGACCAGCAAGCUGUUUCACAAGCAGCAGCUUCAUCUGUGGCCAUGAGCAGUGGAGGCCCUUAUGGCGGCAGUGAGCGUUUCGAUACCUACAAGCAGUCAAUGGGAUCUAUGCGUAAAUAUUGAGUGUAUGACAAGAUUUGGACAUUAAUAUUAUUCUAAGUCAAGUGUUAAAAAACCACUGAAGAGUUUUCAGUGUAGCUUCUGUAAAAAUGACAGACCCACUUACUUGUAGGGGAAGUAUAAUGCUUUACACAUUCCUUUUAGCAUUUUCUUAGUUCAGGAUAAAUUCUGGAAAGGUUGUUUAAAAAAAAAUUUUCAUACACUUGGCUGUGAAGCAUAUUUGUAUAUGUCCUGUAUACAGUCACUACUUUCCAGUUAUAUAUUUCUCUCCAGUUGUUUAUGGGGCAAAGUCAUUACACACAUCACUUGUAUUUGAGAAUUAGUGCAAAAACUAAUGCUGUAAUGUUUGUUUCAUAACAGUGGUUGUUAUGUUCAAAACACUUUUGUAAAAUUCCUGAACUGUUUUAAUAUAUUUUGUAAUCCUGAAUAAAAGUGUGUAA